UAACCUUCCCCAUAUCCAUAACCCAAAAAACAUUCAGUAGUAAGUAGUAACCACACCACAACUCUCCGUCUCCUCUCUCUCUCUCUCUCUGCCCAAAGUCAUGGCCAUGGCAACUCAAGCGACCCUCUUCACCCCAACCGCCUCAGCACCAUGGAAACAGUCAGUCACCUCCACCUUCAUGGCCCCAAAGUCACUGACCCUGUCCACCGCAGCGCCAAGACCCAUGAGGAUCGCAGCUGCUGAAGAGAAAACCGUGGCACCCACAAAGGAGGCCGAAGCUCCGGUUGGUUUCACCCCGCCGGAACUGGACCCAACAACCCCAUCCCCAAUCUUCGGCGGCAGCACCGGUGGGCUUCUCCGCAAGGCCCAAGAGGAAGAGUUCUACGUGAUCACCUGGGAAUCACCCAAGGAGCAAAUCUUUGAGAUGCCAACUGGUGGUGCAGCCAUCAUGAGGGAAGGACCUAACUUGUUGAAGCUGGCCAGGAAAGAGCAGUGUUUGGCUCUUGGGACUAGACUGAGGUCCAAGUACAAGAUCAAGUACCAGUUUUACAGGGUGUUCCCUAAUGGUGAGGUUCAGUAUUUGCACCCAAAAGAUGGAGUGUACCCUGAGAAGGUGAACCCAGGGCGCCAAGGAGUGGGGGUGAACUUCAGGUCCAUUGGGAAGAAUGUGAACCCAAUUGAGGUCAAGUUCACCGGGAAGCAAGUGUAUGACAUAUGAUUCUGAUCAUCAGUUGGUUCAUUUGGUGUAAUUUGUAAUGUACUUGUUGACUAUUUGUGAGUAUAAUCAAUUUGAGUUUCUUGUAA